AGCCCGGGGGCCCUCCUUUGAAACUGACUAAUUGGGGAAGGAAGACACAAAGGGAAGCGAAACGCGCUCGGAGAGUCGCGCUGCGAAGAAGAGUUCCCGCUGGGUGAGUGGAUUUGCCUUCCCCAGACCUCCGUGGCUGAUCCCAAAAAACUUGAAAACUUUUGCCAGGACUAGGGUCCCAAAGGGAGUGACAGGUCCCAACUUGUCCUGGGAAGGAGACAAGGCGAUUGGGUGUCAGUAAGAAGAGAAGGGUGGGGGAUCGCCAUGAGCCUUGCUCACGUGUCCUUGGCCAACUGCCUGCUGCUGCUGUUGCUGCUGCUGCUGCUGGGACCCUGCUGGGCCCAGUUCCACGGGGAGAAGGGCAUUUCCAUCCCUGAUCAUGGCUUCUGCCAACCCAUCUCCAUUCCACUGUGCACUGACAUUGCCUACAACCAGACUAUCAUGCCCAAUUUGCUGGGACACACCAGCCAAGAGGACGCUGGCUUGGAGGUCCACCAGUUCUACCCACUGGUGAAGGUCCAAUGCUCCCCAGAACUCAAGUUCUUUCUGUGUUCUAUGUAUGCCCCUGUGUGCACCGUCUUGGAGCAGGCCAUUCCACCAUGCCGUUCCAUCUGUGAGCGGGCAAGGCAGGGUUGUGAAGCCCUCAUGAACAAAUUUGGCUUCCAGUGGCCGGAACGACUGCGGUGUGAGAACUUUCCCCGCCAUGGGGCAGAACAAAUUUGUGUGGGGCAGAACCACUCAGAUGAAGGGGGCUCACCAGCACUGAUUACAAGUUCCACUCCCAUUGCUGGGCAGGGUACUGCCGGCCUACCACGCUAUGCCACCCUUGAUCACCCCUUCCACUGCCCACGAGUCCUCAAGGUACCCAGCUACCUCAACUACAAGUUCCUUGAAGAAAAGGACUGUGCUGCUCCUUGUGAACCUACCAAGGGUGAUGGACACAUGUUCUUCAAUCAGGAGGAGAUCCGCUUUGCUCGUAUCUGGAUCCUCAUCUGGUCUCUUUUAUGCUGUGCCUCCACCUUCUUCACUGUCACCACCUAUCUGGUUGACAUGCAGCGCUUCCGCUACCCAGAACGGCCCAUCAUCUUCCUUUCAGGCUGUUACACCAUGGUCUCCGUGGCCUACAUUGCAGGAUUUGUGCUGGAGGAACGUGUGGUGUGCAAUGAGCGUUUCCAAGAUGAUGGCUACCGUACAGUGGUGCAGGGCACCAAAAAGGAGGGCUGCACCAUACUUUUCAUGAUGCUGUACUUCUUCAGUAUGGCCAGUUCCAUCUGGUGGGUCAUCUUGUCCCUCACAUGGUUCCUUGCUGCUGGCAUGAAGUGGGGCCAUGAAGCCAUAGAGGCUAACUCACAGUACUUCCAUUUGGCAGCAUGGGCUGUGCCAGCGGUCAAGACCAUCACCAUACUGGCUAUAGGGCAGAUUGAUGGUGAUCUUCUCAGUGGUGUCUGCUUUGUGGGGCUCAACAAUAUAGAUCCACUUCGAGGCUUUGUUUUGGCCCCACUCUUUGUCUACCUCUUUAUUGGCACAUCUUUUCUACUGGCUGGUUUUGUAUCACUUUUCCGUAUCCGUACCAUCAUGAAACAUGGUGGCACCAAGACGGAGAAGUUGGAGCGCCUCAUGGUGCGCAUUGGGGUCUUCAGUGUCCUCUACACAGUACCAGCCACCAUUGUUAUUGCCUGCUACUUCUAUGAACAGGCCUUUCGUGAGCACUGGGAACGGAGCUGGAUUAGCCAAAACUGCAAAAGUUUGGCCAUUCCCUGUCCACUUCAGUACACACCACGCAUGACCCCUGACUUCACCGUCUACAUGAUCAAGUAUCUCAUGACACUCAUUGUGGGCAUCACCUCAGGUUUCUGGAUCUGGUCGGGGAAAACCCUUCAUUCCUGGAGGAAAUUCUAUACCAGGCUAACUAACAGCAAACAUGGGGAGACUACAGUUUGAAAAGGGAUGAUAGAAGUAGUGAAGUGCCAAGGUUGCCAGCUCAGACAUUUCAAACAAGGAAGCAAAAAUCAGAUGUGCCUACUUCAGGAGCUUGUGUGUAUGUGUGGGUUCUUUGGGGAAGCUCUCUGGAAUUUGAGAGGUGGGGGGUUCUGUUCUACCGAACUGUGACCUUCUCUGACAAUUUGAGAGAAACACGGGAGGAAAAGAACGAAGGAAAGAAACUGAAGUAUUUAAAACUGUCUCCUUUAAUUAAAACAAAACCUUUUUUUUUGCUUUAGGUUUUUAUAAACUAUUAAAAGGUGUCAUUUUGUAAUUAAAAUUGUAAAUAGCA